AUGGUGCCUAGCAACUGGGUUAAACAGAUGUGCGGCGAGGGGACAUCCUGGGCCAGCCCUCCUGCCUUAAGACCCCGAGUCUUCCUGAAACAGCAGAGCUGGGAGGGCUCUGAGGCAUCAUCUCUCCGUUCCACAGGUCCUGAAGACGGAGAACAGGGGUUCAGGCACCCCAUGGCAAGCGAAGUCUUCCAGUCAUGCCUCAGCCAGUCCAAGAUACUGGAGCUCUCAAAGGACACCAGGGCGCUGCAGGAGGCCUUAGAAGCGGGGGACCUUCCAGCAGUAGCUGCCAAGUUACAAUCUACGCUUCAUUCUCUGGAGAAUGUCCGGCUGGACAUAGGCGUUACUGGGGGGAUGGGCUCAGGCAAGUCAACCUUUGUCAACGCCAUCCGGGGGCUGGGGGACGAGGACCCCAGCUCGGCCUGCACGGGUGUGGUGGAAAUGACUGUGGACCCCACGCCGUACGUGCACCCCAAGUACCCCAACAUCAUUAUCUGGGACCUGCCGGGCAUAGGCACACCUGCCUUCCGGGCUGACAGAUACCUCCAGCGGGUGUUGCUGGACCGCUACGACUUCUUCCUCAUCAUUACGUCAGAGAGCUUCACCACCGACCAUGCCCAGCUGGCCCGCGAGAUCCUGCGGUGGGGCAAGCGCUUCUACUGCAUCCGCUCCAAGGUGGACGUGGACAUCGCUGCCUCCCGCAGCCGCCGCCCCAGCUCCUUCUCGGAGGAGAGGGUGCUUAGCCAGAUCCGGGAUGACUGUGUGCAGCGGCUGGAGGUGGAGGGCCUCAAGGCCCCCAGGGUCUUCCUGCUGUCCAUGUUUGAGCUGGGCAAGUAUGACUUCCGCCUGCUGGAGGAGGCGAUGGUGAGGGGUUUAGAGAGCCACAAGCGGCACGCCUUCCUGGUGGCCCUGCCCAACGUCUCCAAGCCAACGCUGGAGCGGAAGGUGGCCUCACUGCGGCAGCACGUCUGGCUGGUGGCCACAGUGGCCUGCGGGGCCAACCCGAGUCCCGUGCCUGGCGUGCCGGAGGUGGCCUGCGACCUGCACACGCUCGCCCGCUCCCUGGAGGGCUACCGCCGCAGCUUCGGCCUGGACAAAGGUUCCCUCAUCAGGCUGGCGGAGCAGACGGGCCGGCCCCUGCACAAGAUCCUGGAGGCACUACAGGGCCCGAAGACCAAGGUCACUGAGGCGCUGGUGGUGGAACUGCUGGGCCAGGCCUCUGGGGAUGCCUCAGCAUUCAGCCAGGAACUCCUCAAUGUGCCCAUCCUGGGCCCCCUGGCCGCCUGCGGCCUCUCCUUUGCCACCGUCUACCGGAUGCUCCGCACCUCCCUGGACGUGGUCUUCAAGGAUGCCCAGAACGUGCUGGUUCAGGCCUCCCUUGACAACGCUGACCAUAAGCUUGAUCAACAAUCGAGAUAA